GUCUUUUUAAUCUGUGAUUAGCACAGAGUAUGUUAAAUAUAACCUGCAAUCUUUUAUUUGUGUUCGUAGUUCAUUUGAAUUUAAUAUAUAUUUAAUGAAAUGGUUUUUAUUUUACGGACACUGUUUGCUAAAGAAUUAAAGAAACCGCGUAAUUAUCUGCGCAGUAAAUUUAUUGAUUCUGUAAGGUUGCAUGUUAAAGGCGGAUCCGGUGGAACAGGUCUUCCAAAAUAUGGAGGACUCGGAGGCCAAGGUGGAUGUGUUUACUGCGUUGGCAAGGAGAAUGCAAAUCUUUUGAGUAUCACGAAUAAGUACCGCGGCAAAACUUUAGCCGCUGGGCACGGUGAGGACAGCCGAAAAACAAAAAUUAAUGGCAGUCCCGGCACCGACUUGAAACUUGAAGUUCCACUCGGCGUAACAGUUUACAGAGAGGAUGGCACAGUCUUAGGGUCGAUAGACAAUGAAGAUCAAACUGUCAUAUUAGCUAGAGGUGGGCCUGGCGGCACCAAAGAAAAUAACUUUCUUGGUCACUAUGGUCAGAUUCAUCAUGUGCGGCUAGAUCUUAAAUUAAUCGCUGACAUAGGUCUUGUUGGCUUUCCUAAUGCUGGCAAAAGUUCUCUCUUGAAGGCUAUAUCACGAGCAAAGCCUAGAAUAGCAAGUUAUCCAUUUACCACAAUAAAACCAAAUAAAGGCAUCAUUCAUUAUGAUGACCUUAGACAAAUAUCCAUAGCUGAUCUGCCUGGUCUGAUUGAAGGGGCCCAUGUGAAUAUUGGACUCGGGCAUAAAUUCUUGAAGCAUGUAGAAAGGACCAAAUUAUUAUUGUUCAUAGUUGAUGUCCAAGGAUUCCAGUUAAGUCCUAGACAUCCAAAGAGGUCAUGUUUGGAGACUGUGUUGCUGCUCAAUAAAGAAUUAGAGCUGUAUAAUCCUGAUUUGUUGGAGAAACCUGCUGUAUUGGCCAUAAAUAAGAUGGAUUUAGAAGGGGCUACAAACAUGUUAGAGGAAGUUAAGAAGUCACUUGCAAAUAUAGAAAAAGAAAUAGAUUCAGUACCAGAGGAAAUAAAACCUGAAACAAUUGUGACAUUUGAAGACAUUAUUGGCAUAUCGGCUCUAAAUAAUAAUGACAGUAUUGAAAAUUUGAAGAUGGUAUUGAGAAAACGUCUUGAUGAUUUUGCCGAUAUAAAUAAUCCUGAUAUUGUUGAAUCAAGAAAAUUACAUAAAAUAAAUAGGGCCAUGAUUAAAGAGAGAGGUCCGCAGGUGACAUGAUAAUAUUGUAAUUGUUUGUCAUUGGUCUUAUUAGUUGCUCCUGAUUGAAUAAAAAAAAUAUGGUUAGGCAAAGAAUGAAACAUGGACCAGAUUAAUACUAUUUAUUAAAAGCUUUAAUAUUAUGAAAUGUUACAAAUGA